GGUGAGAGACCAGAUCUGUGCGCGGCUGCGGACGAAGUUCCCCCGUUUCUACCUCUUGCUUUCCUUCUUUACUCUAUCUCCGUCAUCUCCCUUCUCCAGAGUCUUCCCUCCUCCUUGCGCACGCCCCUUCUCGCUCUCCCUUUCGUUGAGGGAGUAGGCCAGGCCUAAGUUUGACGUGGGAUUUGAUGAUAUUGGGCUCCUGAUCGAUGGAAAGGAUCGUAGGGGAGAAAUUCAAACUAGGUCGGAAGAUCGGGAGUGGAUCCUUUGGGGAGAUUUAUCUUGCGGCCCAUAUUGAGACGAACGAGGUUGUCGCAGUGAAGCUUGAAAAUAGCAAGACGAAACACCCACAACUGUUUUAUGAAGCCAAGCUCUAUAAGCUUCUCCAGGGUGGAAGCGGUAUUGCAAACAUCAAGUGGUGUGGGGUGAAUGGUGAAGACAAUGCGCUUGUCCUUGAUUUGCUGGGGCCAAGUCUGGAGGACCUGUUUGUUUACUGUGGAAGGAAAUUUUCGUUGAAGACUGUCUUAAUGUUGGCAGAUCAAAUGAUAACUAGAAUAGAGUAUGUGCACUCAAAAGGAUUCCUACAUAGAGACAUUAAGCCUGAUAAUUUCCUUAUGGGUCUCGGCAAGAAAGCAAAUCAGGUGUAUAUCAUUGAUUUUGGACUUGCAAAACGUUAUCGUGAUUCAACAACCAAUCGCCACAUUCCCUAUAGGGAGAACAAGAACCUUACUGGCACGGCUCGCUAUGCAAGUUGCAACACUCAUCUGGGCAUUGAACAAAGUCGGCGGGAUGAUUUGGAGUCUCUUGGAUAUGUUCUUCUAUACUUCCUAAGAGGAAGUCUUCCUUGGCAGGGUCUGAAGGCUGCUACGAAGAAACAGAAAUAUGAUAAGAUAUGUGAGAAGAAGGUUUCAACUCCUAUUGAAGUUCUAUGCAAGUCUUAUCCAGUUGAGUUCGCUUCGUACUUACAUUACUGUCACUCACUGACAUUCGAUCAGCGACCUGAUUAUGGUUUCUUGAAGCGCUUGUUCCGGGAAUUGUUCACUCGUGAAGGCUAUGAGUUUGACUACAUAUUUGAUUGGACCAUCUUAAAAUAUCAACAAGCACAACGGACAAAAUCUCAUCAGCGUUCUUCUCCUAUUUCUGGAGGGACUAGCAGCAAUGCCAUAGCAAUGAAUCCUGGUAAACAUCGAGGUUUAAAUGAUGUUUCUUAUCCAGGAAUUGGAGCCAUGGAUGGUAAUGUUGCUCAUCCAGAUGUCAGAAUGCAAUUCAGGCCAGCAAUAGACAAGACUUUUGGUGAUGUUCAUGCCCAUGAGAAAACUAGAGUUGGAGCUCUGGUUGAUAAGCUACACUUGCCUUCAACAUCAUUUGUGCAUUCAAGUACCUCCAGGAGAAAUAUCAUCACCGGAAAGCCACUAGGGCCAAACGAGAGCACAUAUAAUGGUACGAGUGGUCCAUCAAGUCCCUGGUUCUCAUCAAAACGGAUGGAAUAACAAAUUAGAUGAACACCCAUGAGCAGUCAACCGUGAUGGCUGUAAAAGAACAUGACUCUUUCAGGGAUCAAAUUACAUUUUGUGGAUAUCAGCGUACAUACUGUAAUUUUUAAGGCUCUUGGCCAUUCAUCUGGGUCACUUCUGUAUUUCUGGUGACCUAGUUCGUCAUUACUGGACAAAACCAACCGAAGUGAAUGCCAAACUCUUGAGAGCUAUACUUUGUUUAUUAGAAUCUGAUGCUGCAUGUUGAAGGUGACAGAUAAAACAUGGGUCUAAAGUUCUAAACAGUCCAAGUGAGCUCACUUGCUCAUUCAAUUCAUGACAGAAUCUCCUGUUUCUGAGUUGAUGAUAGGCUAUUAUGUUCAGAAUUCCAUGAAGAAAUGGUCGUGGUUCAAGUUAAGGGACGAGGUAUCCUUGUAUUUGGGUGAUGUUGCUCUUGUACUACAGAGCACCACUUUCAUCAGCGCUUGGGUUAUGGUGGUUUGGCUUUAUAGACAUUAAACGCCAACCAGUGAAAGUGCGUUUUUGUUGAAAUAUAGCUUUAUUUAGCUUUUGGGUCUGAUUGAGUGUUCUGGCCUGCAAAAAGUGUAUAUAUUUCUGGAUCAUCAAAGCCAUCCAUCUGUGAAGUAUGGGUUAGCCCAUUUGAAGCUUGGAGAUGACAUACUUCAGUUGGGGAAUUUCCUUGGUUCGCAGCUUGCAUAGUGGAAUUGUGCCUUUUGAUUUUGAUAGGCGGAUGGUAUCUAGUAAUUAAUGUGUCAGCACAAAUCGGGAGGAGGUGAUUGUGAGAAACUAGGAAACGGAAUAUUUACAGUUAAUAUUUUUGUCAACUUUGGUCUUUGGAUGCUUUUGGUAGCUGCAGUUUAUGGCAUGUCACGUAUGGCUGACGUAUCACAGUCUAUAAACAGUGAGGUCAACGAAGAUGUUGCAUUCAUGGACCUAUGUAGGGACAUUCGAACUAGAGAAGCCCUUCUUCAACAUUUGUUGCUGUCGGAGUUCGCAAGUAUUUGCAAGUGAGUAUUGCCGAAUUCUAUUAUAUUUUCUGAUAAUCUAUUUUCUUUCAAAUAUUCAACAUCCUUCUUCACUUUGUUGCUCCUUUCCAAAAGGAAAUUUUCUUCCUAGCUUCUUCAUGAUACCUGCUUUUAUACGUCCUUCCUUUGGAAGGACUUCGUCGUUUCUGUGCUCUCUCUCUCUCACACACGCAAUGGCUACAGAAAGUUACUCUUUGGUGAUUUGAUUGGAUGAUUUAUUUAUAUCAAAUUUAAAAACGGAUAUUAUAGGGGAAGUUAGGUUUUCACGUCUCUUUUUUUUUGUUUUUUGUUUUUUUUUUUUAAUUUGUUUUCCUUCAAACAAAUCCAUGAAUUUGUUAUUCGCCGAGAGAGACAGGAUCUUCAGGAUUAUUAUCUGCAUCACAAUUUUAUUUUUCGUUUUUUAUGGUUGAUUUCUUGACGUUCUUUUCUUGUGUUCUUGAUAAAUACAUUAGAUAAGUCCUGCCACCAUUGUACGAUGGCUAUUCUUGACUUGUCGCUACUAUGGCAUGUAUUUGACUGGUACAAACAAUUGAUAUAGCUGUGCAACUGCUGGAAAUAAAACUGUUCCACUAAAACGGCUAUAAUUUAAGUGAUGAACAGAAAUAAAUGCUGUUGUUCCCUAAUGGGGAUUAUUAUCA